CUCUGCAGAAGACAGGAGGUGGCACAACUGUAGGAGAAAAUGCUCUCCCCAUCUCUCCUGUCUUCUUCCCAGUGAAAGCAGCACGCUUCAUGAGCUGCCGUGGCAAACUCAGUUCACAGGACCCCUGGUGUGGGUGGUCUGGACUUGUCCCAGCGGGGGGACAAAUCUGUGUUCCAGGGGCUGCCACCAAGCCCACCACCAGCCACUCUGGGGACAAGUGCACACAGAGGCCUUUCAUCUCCCCAGGGAGGGGGGCACCCGCGCAGCUCGGGAUGGCACACUGGCCAUUGGCCUUGAAAGGGCCAAUUGAGUGCAGCUGAGGUCAUCUCCCAGCGUGUUUACCCUGUGGCUGGAGCCCCUGGAUGCAGCCAACACCCAGGCUGUCUCUGCCACUGCGAGCUGGGGGGACGCAGCCACAGGCAGAGCCAGCAUCUGGAGCAGAGGGGCUGGAGCAGGGUCAGGGGUGGCAUGGCCUUCCAGCCACCGUACUCCCCGAGCCUCUUCAGACGGAGGGACUGCGCCUCCGGAGCCAGCGUGGUGGCCAUUGACAACAAGAUCGAGCAGGCGAUGGAUCUUGUGAAAAAUCAUCUAAUGUAUGCCGUACGGGAGGAAGUGGAGGUCCUGAAAGAGCAAAUCAAGGAACUGUUGGAGAAAAACUCCCAGCUGGAGCGUGAGAACAGCCUCCUGAAGACCCUGGCCAGUCCUGAGCAGCUGGAGAAGUUCCAGUCGCGGCUCCCGGCAGAGGUGCUGUGCCCCGAGGAGCAGAGCCCCGGGGUGGCUGCCCCGGCUCAGCACUCCGGGGGCUCUGCGGUGUAAGGUGGCUCUGUCCUCGGGGUGGGCAGAGCCACAGAACUCUUUCUACUUAAUCUCCUGCAAAAUCGUUUCCACCUUCAUCUCACACGAAGGACUGCCAGACCCUGGCACUGCGCCGUGCCCCUCGGGCAGCCCUGGCCAGCCCACAGAGCCAGUGGCCAUCUCCGUCAUGAGGAUGCUCUUCUGCGAGGAGGACAGGGGCAGCUGGCCCCCCUUCCCCAUCCAGCCGCCCCCCAGGUGCCAGGAGGAGAUCUGGGGUGCCUGUCCCAGCAGGCAUGGGCAGUCUUUGGCACCAUGACGGUAACCUGCGGUUGGAAGGAGCGCACGCCAGGCCCCAGGCCGUGGUUGCAUUCUGCAGGGGGUGUCUCUUUCUGGCAAAGCCUGGCACUGGAGGGAAAUCCAUGUUUAGUGAGCAAAGCAGAUGUGUCCCGUGAGCCACCCAGGAGCCUGCUGGAACCCAACCCAGACUGAGCAGCACCAGGGGUGGCAGCUGCAGCGUAGACCGUGGCGGAACGCACAGCAGUGUGAAGAUUACAAGAAAAAAAAGCUUGUUUUGUUAGUUUGGGCAUCUUCUGUAGCUGUAUCUAUGUAUAAACAUGUGCACGAGGUGCCUGUGAGGCUGUGGGGUGCCCGCUCUGGGUCAGCCAUGCCCAUCUCAACAUCUGGGGCAUUUGAAGGCAGACUGGGAUGGUGAGCACCUGGCAGUGGACAGCCAGCUAUUGUGAGUGGCACCAAGGAGGGGGCAGAUUCACUCCUCUCUGGCAUCCUGCCUGACAGAACCGUGCGACAGCGCUGGGAGGAUCUGGACUGAGCACUGGGCAGAGCCACAAGGCAGGUUGUGCUCUAACCCACCGGGGUGGAGGAGCCAGCCCGUGUUCCUGGGCUCCCCUCUGUCCCUGGCCCGUUCUCUGGGAUGUGAUGGGACAUUGCUUUUGAUGUCAGAAGUGGUGACACUGUUGUGUAAAUCUAGAUAGAAAUGGCAAUAAACUCUACUUUUUAUAUAUA